AAAGCAGCUUAAACAAAUUCAUAAGUGAGACUGAACCAACGAAAACCGGACGCUGGACUAAUCGGCCUUAAAAACAGAGAAAAAAAAAAAAAAACAAACGGCCUUUCCAAUUAUUUCAAUUGCAUCCAUAAAGCUCAGGCCUUUUCUCUCUCAACUAUCGAAGGUUCUUACUUUCUUAGAUAUUUUUCCCUCCAUCUACAGCUCUGCCGUCCUGUCACUCUUUUUCUGAUUUGAGCAAGUUCAUUCCUUGAUAGCUUGCACCACUUCUGAAGCCUCUUAAUUAUCUUUCUGAAAUUUUUUUUGCCUUCCUUUUGAAAUAUACUGCUUAAUUAUUCCUUUGGUGAAAAUCUUUUAACCUAGCGACUACCUUUGAGACACGGAUUCAAUUGAGAUACAUUAUCUGAAACUCCUCGUAGCUAUCAUUUUCCUCCCCUCAGUAUAUGCGUACUUCUUUCCUUAAAUUCUUCUAGCCUCUGUGCCUUCUUCAGAAUUGCCUUGCAAGCCUGUUUAAAUAGCUUCAUAUGAUGCCAAAGCCUAAGGCAGUUACCGCUGCUCAGUCAAUGGAGUCUAAAGGACCAAGUGAGCCCGAACAGCUUAUUGAGUCUGAUGAGAGGGUUGAUCUUGAUGAAGACAGUGAUCCUGAGGAGACCAUGGAAGAAGAGGUGGAGUAUGAAGAAGUGGAGGUAGAAGAAGAAGGAGAGGAAGAAAUAGAAGAGGAAGUGGAAGAAGAAGAAGAAGAAGAAGAAGAAGAAGACCUGGAUGUUGAAAACACCAAUGGGGCUGAUGUUUUUGAGACUAAAGUUGAAGAUGGAGAUGAAAAGAGGAAGCAUGCUGAGCUUCUUGCUCGUCCUCCUCAUGGUUCUGAAGUUUAUAUUGGAGGCAUUCCACAUGACGUUUCUCAGGAGGAUUUGAAAGGCUUUUGUGAAUCUGUUGGAGUAGUUACUGAGGUUCGCAUUAUGAAAGAUAAAGAUUCAACUGAAAACAAGGGAUUUGCAUUUGUGACCUUUAGAAGUGUAGAAUUGGCCUCUAAAGCCAUUGAUGAGCUAAAUAAUGCGGAUUUUAAGGGUAGAAAAAUUAAAUGUUCAAUGUCCCAGUCAAAGAAUCGAUUGUUUAUUGGUAAUAUACCUAGAAGCUGGAAAGAGGAACACCUAAGGAAGGCUUUGUCGGAGGUUGGACCCGGAGUUGCUGGUUUGGAAUUGGUAAAGGAUAUGAAGAACUUAAGUAAUAACAGGGGCUUUGCCUUUGUUGAGUAUUAUAACAAUGCAUGUGCUGAGUAUUCAAGGCAGAAGAUGAUGAACCAAGAAUUCAGGCUUGGUGAUAAUGCUCCAAAUGUGAGCUGGGCUGAUCCCAAAAAUGCCGAUUCUUCUGCUGCUUCUCAGGUGAAAGCAAUUUAUGUAAAGAACUUGCCAAAGGAUGUCACACAAGAUCAGUUAAAGAAGCUAUUUGAACAUCAUGGGAAGAUCACGAAAGUGGUUCUACCUCCUGCAAAACCUGGACAAGAGAGAAAUAGAAUUGCUUUUGUUCAUUUUGCAGAGAGAACUUGUGCCAUGAAAGCUCUGAACGACUCAGAAAAAUAUGAACUGGAUGGUCAAGUUGUGGAAUGUUCUCUUGCAAAGCCACUAACAGAUCAAAAGACUCCUGGGGGUUCAAGUUCUCAGAAUUCACGUUUUCUUCCUAAUUAUCCACCUCACGUUGGGUAUGGUCUUGUCGGGGGUGCCUAUGGUAAUCUAGGUCCAGGAUAUGGUGUUGCAGGCCUUGCACAGCCAUUAGUCUAUGGAAGUGGACCAAGUCCAACUGGCAUGUCAAUGAUGCCAAUGCUUCUACCUGAUGGCCGCAUUGGAUAUGUUCUGCAACAACCAGAAGCUCAACUUCGAAGCCCACCUCCACAUCAGAGAAAUAGUAAAGAUAGUGGGAGUUCAAACAGGGGAAAACACAGCAAUGAUGGCCGGUGGUAUCGCCCCUAUUGAGUGCUUAUUAUAUUAGGUUGUAUUUAAGCAUUCCCCGGCAGUGAUCAGUGACUGUUAUAAACCAAACUAUGAUUGUCAAUGAAAAAAAUAUACCUCAUUUGAUGAUUCUGUCAUAUUUGGUAUCUUUAUUAAUGAGUCAAGCAAGAACACUUAGCUCUGAGGCUUAAUAUUUUAUUCUAAUAUAGUAAUUAUGUUAUUUUUUGUGCAAUCUGGUACUGUAUUUAAUAAAAAUUAAAUGUUUUGGUUUCCAAAUAUAA